ACUCAGGGAAAAUCCCCAAAAACCUUCCCUUUAAACAUAUAGACGCAGUCUACUUUCUCAACUCCUCCAAAACCCCCACCCCCCGCCUCCUAAUUCUCGCUGGAACGAUGAAGAGGCAGAAGCGAGAGUGCCCUGAAUCCUCCAAUCCCUUCGAUGUUCUCUCCGAAGAGAUCAUUUUCAUGGUUUUGGACCUCCUCGAGCAAAACCCACUUGACAAGAAAGCGUUUUCCUUGGUCUGCAAGUCGUUCUACGCUACCGAGUCCAAGCACCGCAAGACCCUGAAGCCUCUCCGACAACAGCACCUCCCGGCCGUCCUCUCGCGGUACCCGAACAUCACCCAUCUCGAUCUAACUAUGUGUUCUAGGGUCUCCGACGCUUCUCUGUCGAGUAUUUCUAAUGCAUGCCGUUUUAAUCUUCGUUCCAUUGAUUUUUCCCAAAGUCGGCUUCUUUCAUGUUCUGGGUUGCUGGGUUUGGCUCAGAAUUGUAAGAAUCUCGUGGAGAUUGAUUUGUCGAAUGGAACGGAGUUGAAGGAUUCGGCUAUGGCUGCUAUUGCAGAGGCUCGGAAUCUGGAGAAGUUGUGGUUGGCAAGGUGUAAGUCAAUUACGGAUAUGGGGAUUGGGUGCGUUGCAGUUGGGUGUAGAAAGUUGAAGCUUCUUAGCUUGAAAUGGUGCUUGGGGGUUGGUGACUUGGGCGUUGGUUUGGUGGCUGUCAAGUGCAAGGAAAUUCGCAGUUUGGAUCUCUCAUACUUGCCGAUUACAAACAAAUGCUUACCAUCUAUACUGAAAUUACAAUAUCUUGAAGAUCUGGUUCUGGAGGGAUGUUUUGGUAUUGAUGAUGACAGUCUUGGAGUCUUCAAACAUGGAUGCAAAUCACUAAAGAGUCUUGAUAUGUCUAGUUGUCAGAAUAUUAGUCAGAGUGGUUUAUCUUCCCUGAUUAGCGGUACUGAAGGUCUUCAGCAACUAACCUUAGCUUAUGGCUCACCAGUAACCACUUCUCUUGCCAAUGGUUUGAAAAAGCUUUCCAUGUUGCAAUCAAUUAAGCUAGAUGGUUGCAUGAUUACCUGUGAUGGAUUGAAGACAAUUGCUGAUUGGUGCAUUUCGCUAAGGGAGUUGAGCUUAAGUAAAUGUUCAGGGGUAACGGAUGAAGGUCUCUCUUCCGUUGUAAUGAAACAAAGAGGCCUGACAAAGCUAGAUAUUACAUGUUGUCGCAAGAUCACUGAUGCUUCUAUUGCCUGCAUUGCAAAUUUGUGCAACUCUCUCACUUCUUUUAGAAUGGAGUCUUGUACCUUGAUUUCUAGAGAAGCGUUUGUUUUGAUUGGACAGAGGUGCCAUUUGCUUGAAGAGCUUGACCUUACUGAUAAUGAAAUUGAUGAUGAAGGUCUGAAGUCCAUCUCCAGGUGUUCUAAACUUGCUACCUUAAAAUUAGGAAUUUGCCUUAACAUAACUGAUGAGGGGUUGAUGCACAUUGGCAAGGGUUGCCCAAAACUAAAAGAGCUUGAUUUGUACAGGUCAUCAGGGAUUACAGAUUUGGGUAUUUUAGAAAUUGCACGUGGUUGCUCUGACCUGGAGAUGAUUAAUAUAGCCUACUGUAAAGAGAUUACUGAUGCUUCCUUUUUGUCGUUAUCAAAAUGCUCACAGUUGAGGACAUUUGAAAGUCGAGGGUGUCCUCUGAUCACAUCCUUUGGCCUAACAGCCAUCGCUGUGGGAUGUAAACAACUAACCAAACUAGACAUAAAGAAAUGUCACAACAUUGACGAUGCUGGGAUGCUUCAACUUGCUCAUUUUUCACAAAACCUUAGACAGAUAAAUUUAUCAUAUACAUCUGUUACGGAUGUGGGGCUUUUAUCCCUGGCCAGCAUCAGCUGCAUACAGAACAUCACAAUCUUACACUUAAAAGGCUUGACUCCAAGUGGACUAGCAGCUGCCUUGCUGUCUUGUGGGGGUCUAACAAAAAUGAAGCUCCAGUCAACCUUCAAAUGGUUGCUACCCCAGCCUCUUCUUGAACAUUUAGAAGCUCGUGGUUGCGCAUUUCAGUGGAGAGAUAAAGUGCUUCAGGUUUCUUUUUCUUUCUAUAGUUGACUACCCGGAUUCAACUUUAAAACAUUUCAAACGUCUGCAGUAGCCAUUUUUCUCAGUUACUCAAUUAAUGCCUGCAUUUUUGGAGUUUUUUGUUCUUAGAGAAUUGGGUAGAGAAGCGUGCUUCAUCAUAAUAUCAUCGGUUUAAAUUUAAUUCGAGGUAUUCAAGUUUGGAUUUUGUAAUUGACAGGCUGAAUUGGAUCCAAAGUGUUGGAAACUACAAUUGGAAGAUACCGUGGAGUAGGAAUUCUUGAUCUUCUGGAUGAGAAGUCAGCAACUCACCUAUCAGCAAGACAUUCAAAUUCCAAGCUUUGAACGAAGGAGUUCUAAGUUGUUUCUCAUUUUCCGAUAUCAUAUUCUAUAACAUUAUUCCACACACAACUAGAACCUCCUCCCACCUCCUAGGUGGAUCCCCGCGCCUCAUGAUAUAGGGCUGGAGGCACCUCUUAGGCUCGUAGGGAACCAGAAGGGCGGAUUCCUAUUGGAUAUCCGAAAGUCCCAUUCCAAAAAGGCAUAAUGCUUUCCAUCAAAGCCAAAAGACGCAUUGGCCAGAUCAAAGUAUGUUGGAUAGCAUAAUAUAAUCUAUGUUUAUUGUUGGUCUUAAGAGUGGCCAAUACCAAGACAACACUGUGCUGUAAUGUGUACAUGGAACCUUGGAAAAGAAUGAAAUGAAUCUUUUGAA